AUGCGCGCCACGUUUCAGUCUUUCAAUCCCAUCCUCAUGGGAUGCGGGUCCCGCGUUUUGCCCAAGUGGAACACGUGGCGGUUGUGGACGAUGCCACGUAGCACUACUGUCAUGGGGAUUCAUGGCGUGAAAAGGACGGUAGAGAUUCGCGGGGUGACAGCAAGAUCUCGCACCACGCGUCCGUACGCAUGUGCCAGGCCGUCAGAACCCCAGAGCUCUCCGCCUAUCCGUUGUUAUUUACGGAUGCCAGGCGCGGACACGUGUCCGAUUCUAAGCUCUCCAUGCACGUGUGCCACAUGGCGCGCCCUGAACCUGCGAGCGUGCUCCGUGGGCUCAAAGAAAUCUCCCUUUAACACUUGA